GAGAGAGGAAAUAAAGCUGAAAAUGAAAAGCAGAAGAUGAAGUCAGAGCAGAAGGAAGACUUCUCAGAAUAAAAGUCUAAAAGUGUGAGCUGAAGGAAGGGAGGGCCGACGCCGAGCGAGGCCGGUUCACACUGCCGGCUCAGAGUUCUGCAUUCAGUCUUGCAACAGAGUGAAGGCAGGAAGCUGAGAUGACACACUCAACGUCUACAUCACUACACCACAGACGGAGACAGACGGAGGAGAGGAGAGGAGAGAGGAGGUGAACCUCAGCGGGACGACGGGAGAGGCUGAAACUCCUCAAACUGAAGGAGGUCGGACGCCUUAACGAGGAGUAAGAGGAGAAAGAAGAAGACAGAAAGAAAGGAGGUGGAGGGAGAACAGAAGACGAGAAAAAGAGGAAGCUUCCAACAAGAAGUGAAACAAAGAGUCAAACACAACCAAGAGGAGGUGAAGAGGAGCAAAGACAAGGCAAGCAGAGAGGAAGAGGAGGAGGAGGAGGCAGAGAAGAAGAAUAAGAGGAGUGAAACAGAAGACAGUCGACGAGAAGAGGAGGAGAGAGGAGAGAGGAGAGGAGAGGAGAGAGACUUUAACCAGAACAGGAAGCAUAAAGUCAGAGAGGAGGGUGAGGGGAGGAGGUGGGGGAAGCAACAAGGACGCAAGACAAGGAAGGAAAGAAGGAGACAUCAAGAAAAGUGGAGCAUAAAGAGGAGGAGGCAAAGAGGAGGUGAGGGAAGGAGGUGAGAGGGGAAGAAAGGAGAAGUGUCAUCAUGGAGGAGGACAUCAGGAAACAAGGGAUGCUGUACCUGCAGCAGCAGAGGUUUGGAAAGAGGUGGAAGCGUGUGUGGUGCGUCCUGUACAGAGAAAGUUCCUGUUCGAUCUCCAGACUGGAGUUCUUUGAGUGUAAAGAUGGAGGAAGUGCUGAGAAGAGUGACAGAGUUCUGCGCAAACAUCAAGAAAACAAGAAGGUGAUCCGUCUCGUGGACUGUAUCCGGGUCUCUGAGGUGGACAUGGACGGCUGUCCCAGAGACACGGGACCCUUCCUGAUCGAAACCACAGAGAAGAUCUACGUGUUCGCAGCAGACAGACAACAAGUGGACGACUGGACACACAAACUGUGUGAGAUUGCCUUCCCUAUGAGCUGGUCAGAGCACAGUGUGAAGAGAGGCAGCCUGCAGAGAGGAAACAGAGUGGACGAAGACGAAGGAAUGGAGGACAACUCCCUGUACAGUGGCAGAGAGACAGUGCGUGACUUCAGAGUGUGUGUUCGGAGGACGGAGGCGUCUGAUCGCUGCAGGCUGAAGGGAGACGGCGUCCUGCGAGCCGAUGUGGACGCUCUUCACCUGAUUGGUAAGACGGGAGACAUCAUGUUCACCUGGCCAUACAGAUACCUGCGGCGCUUCGGACGAGACAAGUCCACCUUCUCCUUCGAGGCCGGUCGGAGGUGUGACUCUGGUGAGGGCAGCUUUGAGUUCGACACCAAACAGGGGAACAUCCUGUUUCAGGCCGUGGAGGCAGCCAUCAACCUGCAGCGGAUCUCCCUCCCUCACAGGCAGACCUCUGGUGGGGGCCAGGUGAGUCCAGAGACGCCUCAGGACCAGAACCUGCCACAGCUGCCCCUCAACCCGCCCUUGAUCCAGAACAGGAUGCCACCGCUGCCUCAGCCACGGGGCCAAGUCCCACAAGCCUCUGUUGCUCAGGCAGCUGACGGUGUGUACAGCAUGGUGACUGAAACUAACCUUCAGCUGAUUCAUCACAAAGACAAAGAGAGCACCAACGCUUCACAGCAGCAACAGCAGCAGCAACAUCGCCCCCUGCCGUCUCGCCUGGAGCCUCCGGUCGAUAAAACUCUGACGGGUGUGAAGAGUCUGACUCUGGACACUCGUGGCGGUUUCCCCCGUAAGAACCAGGUCAAGAUGAUCUCCAGCUGCCCUCUUCCUCACCCCGGCCCUGAGUCUGCCCACAACCCAGCACCAGGCUCUGGCUCCGCCCCUGUUCCCAACCCUCGCCUCAGCCCCAAACUUAGCUCCAGUCCGAACCUGGACCAGACGUACUCUCAGAUCACACUGCCGGCCGCCAUAGAGCGAGGCGGCCGGGAGAGGAGGGGUGGUGGUGGUGGCGGGGCUUCACCCUGCACCCCACCUCUCAUCCCUCCGGAGCCGGAGUACUCUCUCCCCUUCGACACCAUCGCCACCAACGUCAUGGCCAACAUCCUCAGUGCCCACCAGGACAUGGGUGACAAGUCUGCCGCCGACCCGCUCUACGACAGCAUUGACGAGAUGAAGAUCAGAAACGUCUUCCCGAGCAGCGGUGAUGCUGUUGGCUCAACGUACGGGAAGGUAGACCAUAUCUACGACGAGCCAGAGGGCUGCGCCACUGCCGCCGCCAAAGCCACCGCCACAAAGAUACCGGCCACCUCUGUGUACGACGACCCAGAGGAGAUGAGAGGAGACGCCUGGAGGGUCAUGGGAACAGCUGCUGACCCUAAAGGUCACCAGUACCCGUACAACCCCCGAGUGGACGACUACGCUGUGCCCAAACGAGCCCAGAGGGCACUUCCUGUUACACAAAGCACCGACAAAGAAGAAGAUAGUGAGGAGGAGUCAAGGGAGAACGAGGAGGAGAAGGGGGAGGAGCAACAUGAUUCACCAUACAACAACGUGAUGGUGAAGAUGAUGUAGACAGGAAGUACACACACACACACACACACACGCACACACACACACACACACACACAGUCAGCUGUGAGCAUUAACACGAUUCAGAUCAAUGAGUCUGAUCGAUAUUUAACCAAUAAUGACUGAUGACCUCCUGACUGAUCAAUGAAACCAUCCGACAUCUUUCACAUGUCAUCAUGGCGGCGUACCCGUCACGUCUCCGAAGGUCGAUGAUGUCUUUCUUCAUCAUUGGUUUUGAUCACCUGAUGCUCUCGAUCAAUUACCUUCAUUAUCAAUAAUUGUCUGUAGUAUGUUAAAACACAUUCAUUUUGUUUUCAAAUCUUACACGUCGACUCUGCGGUUGAUUGGACCAAAACUGUUCAUCACAAUGAUGAGAUGCAGUAAAGUUUUCAUCCAGCAGAGGACAGCAGAGCUCACAACAUUCAUCAGCCAAUCGGCAGAGGCCCAAUAAAUCAUCUGAAUAUUGUUACCUGUGUGUCAGACACCUGACUGCAUCCUGUCAUCAUCAUCCUCAUCUUCAUCAGACUCAGGCUUGUUCUGUUGUUUUGUGUGUUUGAGGAUCAAACGUUACUGUUUGAGGUUAAAUUAAAUAUUUUGUAAAUUUAUCAAAUUAAAAAA